AUAUUUGAAGCCUAAUUUAGAUGCAGUUUUUUAGUAAAUAUUGAAAAAUCAAUCCGUAGCAAAUUUAUCUUACCUAUAACUGUUAUGAAAACUGCCGCCUCCUUUAAACCGUUUGAAUUUCACACAGAAAUAGAAACUGGAAAAUAUUUCUUACAGAGGACAAAUUUUAUCAAUGGCUCUCAUUUCUGCAAAUUUUCUUGUAUUCUUCCUCACAAUUUCACUCUCCAUUCCUCCAAUUCUUACAGCAUCAGUAGUUGAAGACCUUGACAACUUGAAACCACCACCAGAUUUUAACUUGACAAUCACAAACAACUGUCUCAGAAACCCAAAUCUCAGAUACUGCAAAGCCAGCCCUUUUGAUCUUCAUGAAAUUUUCAAGUCUACAAUUGUUGCUAGCCACUUGUGUAACAUUUCCAACAAUCCGAACUGCGUCGAAUCCUUUCCGAAAAUAGAUCUUCACAGCCAACCAAAAAUAGCACCACUUUAUUUAUCAUUCACUUUCUUCUGGAAAUACUGUCCCUUAACCAUACUAUCCAUUGAUCUUAGCAACAGUUCAUUGAAAGGUAACUUUCCAUUUGAGGUCUUUAACUGUUCGCAAAUUCAACAACUUGAUUUGAGCCACAAUGAACUUUCUGGGGAUGUGCCUGUGCAGAAUUUCGAUCACCUGCCAAACCUCACAUUCCUAAGCCUUUCAUAUAAUCACUUCUCUGAGUGUAAAAUCUCGGACAAGAACUUCUUCAAACGGUUUAAUACUACGAGUUUCAUUCAUUCGGGUCUUCUUCCGAAUCAAAAAAAGUUCAGGGUUAAGGCUGUACUUCUAUUAGUUGGUUUUCCAAUCUCUGUGGUGGUAACUAUUGUUUGGUUCGGAUGGCUGUGUUUUUGGAGACCGGAUUUUCUACCGAAGUUCCUUCAAAGAAAAUACAAGUUCACACCAUCUACUCUCAAGGCAGCAACAAAUGGGCUGUCCAAAAGGAAUUUGGUGGCAAAGAGUUCCACAAGUGGUAUUUACAGAGGGAUCCUAAGAGACGGAAACGAAGUAAAAAUUGAGAUAUACUGGGAAAUUAUAUCGACGGAAAGCAGAAGGAGAUUUGUAGAACAAUGCAAGAUUCUUGUUCAGUUACACCACAAAAAUAUAGUCCCCGUACUUGGUUGGUGUGAUAAUCGCAGAUUUCGGGCAAUUGUCACUAAAUGGAUUGAUGGAGGAAACCUUGAAACAUGGUUAUCAAGGUCAGCUCCUCCAUGGAAGCAAAGGGUAAAAGCAUUUAUAGGAAUUGCAUCAGGAACAUGCUAUUUGCAUGAAGAAUGGCCUGAAGUCGGCUAUGACCUCAAAACAAGAAACAUCCGGCUGUCAUCAGGAGAACCCUUGAUAUCAAGGUUAAAAUUUGAUCAUCAUAAUAGCAGCACAAAAAAAAUAUACAAGUUCGGGGUGUUCAUAUUAGAGAUGGUAUCGAAUAGGAGGCCACUGGAAGACUUUGAAAGGGGUGAAACUGGUUUUGUUGAGUGGGUGAAAAUAAAUUACCCCGAUAACUUGGAGAAUGUUAUUGACAAGAGAAUGAAAAGGACAGGGCACAUUGUUCGUGAAGCCACAGAUGCAAUUGAAAUGGGGCUGAUGUGCACAGAUCUAUCUAGCGGUAAUCAACCCAGCUGGGAUCAUCUAUCUAAUAUGGUGUCAAACAUGUGAAUCACAGAGGAUUAUAAUUUGCAGCAUUACUAGAACAAAUUCAGAUAUAUAAGAAAAGUGCAAACAAAAUAUUGGAUGUACUACAAAAUUUACACUAGCACACACACCCCAUGAGCACAGAAGAAAUGAUGACAUGCAAUUCUUUUAGAAGAAGAUGGGAGAGGUGUGAAUAGCCAGCAAGCAAAUACAUUGACAUUCAUUUUAAAUCUUGUGCCCGCGAUUCUACACAAUAGCACAUAGAAAAUUAGUAGUUGUAACAAUGUCAUAGAGCAAAUGGUCCAAUUUUUCUACUCCACUUACGGGAAGCAAUGUUACAACCCCAAAAUUGACUGCAUAUAUACAUAAUUCAAUCACAUAAAUUAAUCCCCAAAAAAAAAAAAAAAAA